AUGGACUCCACCUCCAGCGAACAAACCCUCACUCCCCUCCCCGUAACCUCCAACCCAACAACCACAACCUCCGCUCCCUCCCUCUCCAACGGCGCCCCUGACCCAGCACCCGAAACCACCUCGACACCUCCCAGCACCGAAGCAGCAACCAUGCCCGAAACCACCUCGACACCUCCCAGCACCGAAGCAGCAACCAUGCCCGAAACCACCGCCAACGGCGCCCCCCCCGCCGACCCCACAAACGAUCCCACACCCACAAACGGCCCAACAAACGGCCACGCCCCCCCCGCCCGCCCCUUCCCCACCCUCGCCGGCAAAGUGGCCCUCGUAACCGGCGCCUCCCGCGGCAUCGGCGCCGGCAUCGCCCUCGAGCUCGGCGCCCGCGGCGCCUCCAUCAUCGUCAACUACGUCAAAGGCCACGAUGCCGCCCACGCCAUCUGCGCGCAAAUCCACCGCCUCGGCUCCCACGCCCACGCCAUCCAAGCCGACGUCUCCCUCGUGCCGGAAAUCACGCGCCUCUUCCUCGAGGCAAAAGCCCACUUCGGCCGCAUCGACAUCGUGUGUUCGAACUCGGGGAUGGAAUCCUUCGACCGGACGGCCGAGGUGACGGAGGCGCGCUUCGACGCGGUCAUGGGGUUGAACCUGCGGGCGCAGUUCUUCGUCGGGCAGGCGGCCUACCGGCACUGCGAGCGCGGGGGCCGGUUGAUAUUGAUGUCGAGUAUCGCGGCCGGGCUGAUCGGGGUCGGGGACCAUGCGUUGUAUUCCGGGAGCAAGAGCGCGGUCAAUGGCAUCACGAAGAGCUUCGCGAAGGAUUUUGGGGAUAGGCGUAUCACUGUUAAUGCGGUCGCGCCGGGCGGGGUUAAGAGUGACAUGUUCGCUCAGGUGGCGUGGAAGUAUAUACCCGGUGCGACGGGGGAGUGGGGCGCGGAGCGUGUUGAGAAGGCGAUGGCGGAUUCGUGUCCGUUGGGGCGGUGUGCGGUGCCGGAGGAUGUGGCGAGGGUGGUGGCGUUUUUGGCGGGGGAGGAUGGCGGGUGGGUGAAUGGUCAAAUCAUCACUAUUUCGGGGGGGUCGGGGCAGUGA